AUGUUUUUGAGCGCUCCAUUGUUGCUGAUUUUCUCAAUCUUCAAUCUGGCCAAUGCACAGACUACAUCUUUCGAUAUCGCCUCAGCAUUAAGCGCAGCAUCCGCCCUCAAAUCCAAGUACGGUACCGCAACAGCAAUAACCACCUACUCCUUCGCGAUCCCCGGCGGAAACCUUCCUCAACCACCGCCCUCCCUCAUCGGGCCCAUAAUCACGGGGGUUCCCGUCUCCGUUCUCGUAGAGCUCGCACAACCUGCUCUGCGAAGCUCCAUCGCCAGCGAGUUCAAGGCCGGCCACACACCGCAGUGGUAUGAGACUUUACCCACGGCGGUCAAAAGCUACAUUGAAAGUCUGCAGUCGUUUGUUGCGAAUGGACAGUAUGACCCCAGUGCUACGCAGCCGAGAUAUUCGUUCCCGGUUCCGACAUCAACUGCUACGGUGGGGAAUAAUAAUAAGGUCACGACUACGAAGUCCAAAGCUGCAUCUCCGAGAGCUACAGGAGAGGUUGCAUUGGGGUUUUCUGCUGCAGUAGGGCUCUUGGCUCUUGCGAUAGCUCUUUGA